AUGAGAAGAAUACUUUUUUACUUUUUUAUUUAUUGUAGUUUCAUCUUCAAAAGAGAGAUGGAGAAUGAAUUAGUAUUAAAGUUAUAUAAUGUUAAUAGACAUAAUCAAGAUGAACUAAUUCAAUUUGUAGAUCAACAUUUAGAUUCUAUUAAAGAUUUGAUUGAUCAAAUUUUAAAUCUUUUAAUCAAUGGUGUCCCAAAGAACUUUUCAAUAAUAAUAGAAAGAGAAUCAAAUGUUUAUAUUGGUUUAAUGGAUAGACUUGAUCUUUUAUUCAUUGCAUUGAAUAACAAGAGAGAUAAAUCAUCUAAAUCAUUCAAUUCUAUAAUAAUAUCUAGUUGGUUUAAAAAAGAGUUUUUUAAACCUUUGAUUUGGAUCAAUCAAUUACAAUUAUCAAGUUGUAUUCAUUCUGCUCUCCUUUCAAUCAUUCGUUUUAUUUUUAAUGAUGGUGACCACCAAGAAUGGAAUGAAUUGAUAGAAUUUAUUCAUAAUAUACAUUUAAUAGAAAAUGAAGAAUUAAGAUUAAAUAUGUAUCAUGUAGCUAAUUUUAUAGAUUCAAAUUGGUCUGAUAAAAUUGAUAUGAAAAUGAUCUACAAUCAACACUCAUUAAAUGAUACAAAACAGAUUAUUGGUUAUUUGUUUAGAGAUUUGGAUUAUCAAAAAUAUUUACCUUUGGUUUAUAAUCAAAUCAUUAAAUGUCUUGGCAAUGAUAAAGAUAAAAGAAUAGAUCGAUUAUUUCAAAUGGUUGAGACUAUCUAUUCAGCAGAUAGUAGUUUUUUUGGUACAAUGUCUCUUCAUGGUCAAAUUUUAUUAUCAAUUUUGGAAACUAUCAUAAAUUCAAAUUAUAUUAUAGAAUCUAUUGGUUAUUAUUCUUUAACAAUUGAAACUCUUUUAAAUAGAAAUCAAUUAUCAAAAGAGAAUAUAUUAAAUAGUUUAGAAUUAUGUUUUAAAUUAUUAAAAGAAAAAAAAGAAUUGGAUCAUUUUCCAGAUCCACAAAUAGAGAUUUUUAGAAUCGUAUCAAGUAUUGGAAAGAAGAAAUAUUCAAUAGAGAAGAAAUUGUUUUUUAGAAAAUAUUUUCAUCCAUUUAUGAUUUAUAUGAUAUCGCCAUCAAGUAGACUACGACAUGUACAACAUUGUGCAUUUUUUCAAGAGUGUCCACAAUUUUAUUUAAUCUUUCAAAAUGAUUUCUCAAUUUAUCUACCUUGGAUCAUUAUCAAUGCAAAAAAACAUAAUCUAUUUGCUAAAGAAGCAAUCAUAUCUAUAUUGUCAAUGCCAUACAACUCGAUUAUUUUCAAUCAAUUAUUUCAUCAAUAUUUGGAUACAAAUCAUGAAUUUAAUGAUUCACUUGCAAAUCUUGUCACCACUGAAACAGCUGAAUCAUUACCAAAUAUUUUAACUCUAUUUAUUAAUAAUAAUGGUAUUCAAUGUCCCAAAACAUUGACUAUAUUUAAUACUUUAUUAAAUAUUUCACAAUCAUUUGAUCUUUUUGAUAUAACAUCAAGAUUGAUUCAAUUAAUGGGAAAUAAUAUUAAAUAA